AUUACGUAAAUGUCACCGCACCAAUGAAUUUCCCGUCACCCAUGGACUCUGGGAUGCACGUUCACAAGUAUCUCCUUCACCAUUACCAACAUCAAACAGGUAGACGGUUCAGUCCACUCGUGCUGUCCGUUUGACCUAGCAUCCAUCCUGCCAUCUACUAGUACCCACCCUGUCAUUCGUUUAUAAUCCGACGCUCUUUACUGCCUUUCAACAUGGAACAGAAACAUGACUAUAAUUCAGCACGUAGCACCUUCGCCAUGAAGAUAUUUAGCGGCACCGAUGUCAACCACACAACUACCGUCAUUAUCGUGGUUCUUUGUGUCGUCGCGGGCAUGUUGAUCUUGUUCGGUCUUUUUCGGUUCCUACGCCAUCGAUUGGCUCGACGUUCCACUCCCCUACCACCCGUGCAACCUAUUGCUCACCAUCGUAAGCAGCGGCUGACAGAGUUUGCUGAACGGCCCACCAUGUCGUCAACAUACUCCCUGUCCUCACGCCUUUCCCCGUCAAUUGAAUUAUCGCCCGCCGCGAGCGAUCCUUCCUUUCUCACUUCAAAGUAUGAUCAGACUUUUCACUCGCAAUCAAGUCUGUAUCUCGCGGAUAAAAGCGACGGCCAAGCCGCGCCGCCAUCUCUAGCGAAUGACGAAGAAGUUCUACCCAUGCCAAAUCCCGCAUUUAAUCAUGCCAGGCGUUUCAGUAGCAGCUCUUCGGGUUCUGUUUCUUCCACUCCUCCCUCAGCUUCUGUUUCAUCACAUUCGCCAUCGCAGGCUACGCUUAUUCAUUCGUAUUCUCGUCAUACUGGUCCUGCGUUAGCAGCGUCCAGCACCUCCAUCCGAAGCAGGAGUUCUGGAAGGAGCACUAUCGUAGGCGCUCCGCAUGGACCCCUUAGCCAGGUCAGACUCGUACUACCUGCCCCUCUCGCUCCUUCUCUACAUCCAUAUCUUUCUGGUUCAGACGCAAGUAGAUUAGGCGUCAAUGCUGAGACGUCAAUGCGCUCAACCAUGGUCGAUAUGUGGGCACCCCCGCUUCACAGGUCGGUGAGCUCUGAACAUAUCCGAUCAAAUUCGCCCGCAAUCCCUGCUACGUACCGGCACGGAUCUUCACUCUCUAGACCUCGACAGAGGACCUCCUCCUGCCAUACACCGUCUCUGUCAUCUUAUUCCUCUGCGGUUGGAUCCCCUCCUGUUCCCCCAAUCCCUUCCCAGUAUAGGCAACUGAAUGGCGCAUCUGACGCCAUUCAACAUCAGCAAGACCUUCCUACGAGAAGCCCCAUACUUGCACAAUCCUCCUCCGAAGGGUCAUAUACCACACAGCACGAGGACCAAGAAGAGAAUCGUCACGAGUCCUCGACCACAUCCCGACCGAGUAAUAGAUGACAGGUUGCUGUGGUAUUUUGACUCUGUG